AUGACCGUGGUUCUGCAGCUGCCGCUGCCGCUGCUGCUGCUGCUGCUGUCGAGGGCCCAGGGGGACCCAGGAGCUUCACUGAACGGCCACCCCGGAGACCGCGUGAAUCUCUCCUGCAUAGGGGUCUCGCAACCCACCCGCUGGGUCUGGGCACCUAGAUUCCCGGCCUGCAAAGGCCUGUCCAAAGGACGCCGCCCGAUCCUGUGGGCCUCACCGAGCGGGACCCCCACCGUGUCUCCCGCCCAGCCGUUUGCUGGCCGCAUAAAUGCCCUGGACCUUGGUAUCCGGCGAUUGGAGCUGCUCUUGAGCGCGGGGGACUCUGGCACCUUUAUCUGCAAGGGUCGCCAAGAGGAGGAGAGCCGUACGGAGCUUCAUGUGCUGGGAGACAGGGCCUACUGCAAAGCUCUGGGGUCGUCGUAUUCCCACAUUCUGAUCCCGCUGCUGGGCGCUGGGCUGGUGCUGGGCCUCGGAGUAUUGGGCUGGGCCUGCUGGCGGCGCAGGCGCUCGCCCCCUCAUCCGCCUCGACCAACCCCCAGAUUUGCUCUGUCCCCCCCACAUAGUUCCACUCGUGAAAGCAGAGCCCCAGAGGCCAGAAGAGGAGGAAGAGCCCAAGAUGCCAGGGGACCUGGAUCAGGAGCCGAGCCUGCUCUACGCAGACCUGGAUCAUAUGGCCCUCAGAAGGUCCAGCCGACUGUCCCCAGUGGUCCCUGCUGA